AUGUAUAACUAUGGCAGCUACUAUGGAGGCCUGGGCUAUGGCUAUGGUGGCCGAGGCUGCGGUUACGGCUCUGGUGGCCUAGGCCGUGGCUAUGGCUGUGGCUAUGGCGGCUUUGGUGGUUAUGGUGGCUAUGGUCUCUAUGGUGGCUAUGGCUACAGGUGCUGCCGCCCACUGGGCUGUGGAAGGUACUGGUCUUACGGCUUCUACUGA